UAAUUUACAAAAAUUCAUUUGACGAUGAAGCACCUACAAUGAGCAACAAUCUUAACAUCAGUGACCGAAUGCAAGUUUCCGACGCUCGGUUGAUGGAAUGUAUACUGAAAAAGCGAUACGAACAUGCAAAGCUACAGAAAAAGGAUUACUCUCAUGUGUUCCGCCCGAAAACCCGCUGCGAAUUGACUCGCCUCACGUUGCUGUUUGUUGGCAUCCAGUUUACGUACGCAGCACAGACUGCCUACGUAACACCGAUUCUGCUCGGAAUCGGCUUAAGUCACACCUUCAUGACUAUGAUUUGGGCCAUUUCGCCGACACUGGGAUUCUUCUUCGCACCUGCUGUCGCUUCGUUCAGUGAUCAAAUUCGGCUAGGUUGGGGUCGUCGGCGUCCGGUUUUGCUAGGACUGGGUGCCGGAUUGAUCGUUGGACUGCUGAUAUUGCCCCAUGGGAAAAACAUUGGCAUUUUUCUAGGUGACGCAGAUGUGGGUGCGGUUAACCAGUGUAGCGUAUUUCGGUGGGGAACUCUGAUGACGGUACUGGGAAUGAUUCUCGUCGAUUAUAACGUUGAAACAUGCAACGGAGUAGCACGAACCUAUUUCAUGGAUAUAUGUAUCAAAGAUGAUCAUCCAAAAGUUCUAGCUGUAGCCGUAAUGAUCGGAGGUUUGGGCGGUUUCGUAGGCUACAUGCUAGGCUCGGUCGAUUGGUCCCAAACUAAUAUUGGAGAUCUUUUAGGCUCCAACGAAGCUACUGUAUUUGCCGCGGUGGUGAUUGUUGUACUAAUUGGGCUCACGGCUACAUUGUCCAGCUUUCGGGAAGUUCCACUUCCUUUGCUGGAACAGGACGAACUGCUUCGUCCCAUCAGAAGAGCAGAUUUUGAGGCGGCAAAAAUGCAACGAGAAUUCUGCAUCUCUAGCGUUAGUGGUGGCAACGUUCCGAUCGGUUUCGAAGUUGCGAAAAGCAGUGGAAAAAUCAUCGAGAACGACGACUACGAGAGGCCCCUGGGAAUCAAACUGUUUUUCACUAAUCUCAUCGGAAUGCCGAAAGCUUUGAGAAUCCUGUAUUUCACUCAGUUUCUUUCACAUUUAGGAUAUCUGAGCUAUUGUCUGUAUUUUACUGAUUUUGUUGGGCGAGAGAUCUUUUUCGGAGACGUGACGGCAGCCGAAGAUUCUAUCGAAUUUGAAUCCUACAAUGAAGGAGUUCGCUUCGGUUGUAUGGGUAUGGCCGUAUUUAUUCUAAGUAGUUCAGUAUAUUCUGUCAUUUUCGAGCGUGUGAUUCAAAAGUUCAGGGCUAAACCUGUCUACAUUACGGGCCUAUUAUUAAACGGUGCUGGAAUGCUUGCAACUGCCAUUAUCAAGCAAAAAUUUUCUAUUUUCAUUUGCUGUUUCACAAUGGGUAUCAAGUACACUACAAUUUGUUCGCUGCCAUUUCUAUUGAUUUCUGAAUAUCAUACGAAAAAUUCGUUUGAGAUGGUCGGAGGACGAUAUGUGCCUUGCACGCAGAAUCGAGGAUUCGGAGCAGAUGUGUCGACGCUUAGCAGUAUGCUGUUUUUAGCUCAGAUCAUAACAUCUCUCGCGAUUGGUAGCAUAAUUGAUGCGAUUGGUGCAACCACCAUUGUCAUAUAUUCGGCGAGUUUGUUUUCCUGUCUGGCUGCCAUUUCGGCUACUCGAAUAGUAUUCCUGAAUCUCUAG